AUGACCGAGCAUAGCAGCAACAAGACGGCUUCAAGCACAGAGUACCGCGUGCCCAACUUCCCUUUCUCUCAGCCUAUCGACACAAGAUGGGAGCAAGUUGUCGACUUCCCCUCGGCCGACCCACCUCCAUCAGGCGACGAAGAAGAAUAUGAAUGGACGGAAGAAGUCGAGUUUUGA